UUUCCCUUUCCUCUGGUAGUACAGCAUUAUCACUUCAUUUAGCAGGAGAAAGUCUUCACUUUGACAGCCCAUGCUUGCAAUAUGGAUUCAUUUUUCUUGAUGGUUGGAUCCUAUGUUGGAUUUGAUUUAAAAAGUCUUCUACUCUUUGCAGCAGUUUUUUUCUUAACUGCAGAUUACAUAAAAAAUCGAAGGCCAGCUGGCUUCCCUCCAGGACCUCGAGCUCUUCCAGUUGUUGGCAACAUAUUCACACUGGACCGAAACAGGCUCCAUGAAAGCCUAAUAGAGCUGGGAAAGACAUAUGGGGAUGUAUUCAGCCUACGAUUGGGUCCACAGUGGGCAGUGGCGUUAAAUAGGUUUGAGGCUGUGAAAGAAGCACUGGUAACGAAGGGGGACAGUGUGGUAGACCGCCCAGAUUUCCCUAUACAGGAUGAUAUAACAGGUGGAUUAGGUGUGAUUUUCAGUAAUGGGACCAUCUGGAAGGAGCAGAGGCGUUUUGCACUUUCAGCCCUUAAAUAUUUUGGAUUUGGAAAGAAGUCUCUUGAACCUGUCAUCCUGGAUGAAUUUGCAUGUUGUGCAGAGGAGUUUAGAAGCUAUAAAGGGAAGUCAUUCAGUCCACACCUUAUCGUCAACAACACCAUUUCCAACAUCAUCUGCCACCUGGUCUUCGGCCAUCGCUUUGAGUACACCGAUGAGAAGUUCAAGAGACUGAUGCUGUUAUUUGGUAAAGCAUUACAGAUUGAAGCCUCCAUUUGGCCACAGUUCUACAACUCAUUCCCUUGGCUGAUGAGAUGGUUGCCUGGUCCACAUCAGACAGUCAAACAGAUCUGGAAUGACGUGAAGGACUUCAUACGAGUAGAGCUAAAUGAACACAAGAAGAACUGGGAUUCCUCUGAACCAAGAGACUACAUCGACUUUUACCUGAGGGAGAUCCAGAUGAACAAGGGGCAGGACGGCAACACUUUUGAUGAUGAAAACCUGAUUAUGUGUGUGUUGGAUCUAUUUGUGGCUGGCUCCGAGACCACAUCCACCACCCUGCGCUGGGCUUUCCUCUACAUGGCAAAAUAUCCUGAGAUACAGGAGAAGGUCCAGGCAGAGAUAGACCAAGUGAUUGGACAGUCUAGACAGCCAUCCAUGGAGGAUCGUACAAAACUGCCUUACACAGAUGCUGUUAUCCACGAGAUCCAGAGGAUGGGCAACAUAGUUCCUCUCAGUUUACCCCAUGCUACCAAUAAAGAGGUUCAGCUGGGAGGCUACACAAUCCCAAAGGGUGUGAUGAUAAUUCCCAACUUAGCUUCAGCACUGUUUGAUGAGAAUGAGUGGGAGACACCUUUCACCUUCAAUCCAGGACACUUUCUGAGUGAGGAGGGCAAGUUUGUGAAACGAGCAGCUUUCAUCCCUUUCUCUGCUGGCAAGAGGUUGUGUCUGGGAGAAAACCUGGCCAGGAUGGAGCUUUUCCUUUUCUUUACCUCUUUCAUGCAGCACUUCACCUUCUCCAUGCCUGAUGGGGUGGAUCCUGUGUUUGAUUAUUGCCAUGGACUCACUCUGGCCCCAAAGGAAUAUAAAAUCUGUGCAAACUCACGUUGAGAGCAGCACUGAUAUGAUUCAGUUUAAGACUGAGCACACCCAUUAAAGCACUAAUCUAUAUCAAUCA